AUGGCAGAAAGCGCGCCCGCUUCCUUUCUCUUUCUCCAGGACUCGAAGACUGACAGCUCCCCUUCCGAAUCUGACUGUGCUGUUGCUUCCUCCAGCGCUGACAGUGACGAGCUCCGUCCGAAUAUCUCUCGUCCUGUGCCUCUUCUCAGCACUCGGUCCAAGAUGAGCGUUAUCCUCUGCACUGCGGGGUAUGAUCAUACCAUUCGCUUCUGGGAGGCCCUGUCCGGCAUCUGCUCGCGUACUAUCCAGCACCCAGACUCCCAGGUCAACCGUCUUUGCAUCACUCCUGACAAGCGCUACCUGGCCGCCGCCGGUCACAACAAUGUCAAGCUGUAUGACAUCAAGUCCACCAACCCCAACCCUGUGAUGACCUUUGACGGUCACACCAACAACAUCACCGGAGUUGCCUUCCACUGCGAAGGCAAGUGGAUGGUCACCAGCUCCGAGGAUGGCACUGUCAAGGUCUGGGAUACUCGUACCGGCAGUCUCCAGCGCAAUUACGUCCACCGGGCUGCGGUCAACGACGUGGUCAUCCAUCCCAACCAGGGCGAGCUCAUCAGCGGUGAUCGUGCCGGUAUGGUCCGCGUCUGGGACCUCGGCGAAAGUGUCUGCACCCACCAGCUGAUCCCGGAGGACGACACGUCGGUGCACUCUGUGAGCGUGGCCAGCGAUGGAUCUCUGCUCUGCGCGGGAAACAAGAAGGGCAAUGUCUACAUCUGGCGCAUGGUUCAGACUGAGGAAGCCACUCGCAUUAUUCCCAUCUGCACUUUCCAGGCCCACAAAGACUAUCUGACACGCGUCCUCCUGUCUCCGGAUGUUAAACACCUGGCGACCUGCUCCGCUGACCACACUGCCAAAGUCUGGAAUCUCGACCCGGAGUAUGGCCCUGCCAAGACUGCCAUCGCGGAGUGGGAGGCGAAGAAGGCCCAGAGUGCCACGGCGGAUAACAACGGGUCUGAUGCUGCGUCGACCACAUCCAAGCCCGAGAACCAGCCUCGCGACCUUCUGCGCAUCUUCGACACCCCGAUCCAAGACCGUGACUUGCUCCGCAUCAGCAAUGACAACCCUCCUCGCGAGGAAUCGCCGCAGGCGACCUUCACUGCUCAGCCCGACGGCCCACCCAUGGAUCCCGCGAACGGUACUCUGUUCCUCGAGACCACCCUGGCGAACCACCAGCGCUGGGUCUGGGACUGCGCUUUCUCGGCGGACUCUGCGUACCUGGUCACCGUGUCGAGCGAUCACUACGCCCGUCUGUGGGAGCUCAGCUCCGGCCAGAUCAUUCGCCAGUACAGCGGUCACCACCGUGGUGCGGUCUGCGUUGCGCUGAACGACUACUCCGAGCCUCGCUAA